CCCUGCUCUAGCUUUAGAGGAGCUCGAUUGAAUUGCGUAGAUGUCGCCCAGUCUUUGAGAACGUUUUUCCCAGAAAACUACGAAACAUUGGCAAAACACUUGUUUGAUUUGCUCUCUUCGGAGAGAACGAAUGAGGAACUCCAAGGAGAGUUGAUCGACCUUGUUGGUUUCGAUCACUUUGAAAUGGUAGGAGGGAUAUUGGAGUCACGGUCACAACUCAUCAAUGAACUGAAUGCUUCGCGACACGAGGCGACCAAGCUGUCGAGUUAUGCCCCUGAAAAGGAUAAAACCAAACUGUUGCACAUUGGAUCUCAAAAUCCUGCAUUCUCCUACAGUAUUGGUGGGUCUCCGAUCACACCAGUGGCCAAGGUCAAGGAUCUUGGCUUUUUGAUUACUAGUGACCUCUGCUUCGACCAGCAUUGCGAAUUUGUGGUUAAUCGGGGUUACAAUGCAACUUACAGGCUGUUCAAAGCCCUGUUUGGCUCGAGAAAAAUUCUCAGUUCCACUGCAAAACUCAAUUGUCGCUUCCACUUCUUCUCUAUGCGCGCAAAUUUGCUAUACACAGCCAUGAGCAAAAAGACCGCUAUCCCUGUCAGUAUUCACUCUUUCCGUAGAAUCAUCGAUAAAUACCUCGAUCCUUGA